CAGGAAUAAGACGAUAUGCCUCGCCGAUGUCAAGCCGAAUCGUUUGAAGAGGAUGGUGGCGCAGUGCUUUUCUGCUAUCUCGCCUGCCGCAGUAAGAAACGGCGAGGACAACCCCGGGCCUCGCGAUAGCGGCGCCAGUCGGCUGAAUUUGGCGCAGGAAGCAAAGCCAAAAAGAAAUUCGGACAGCUUUCCCUCCUCGAGCAUUGCAUGUUCGGGCAGCGCCGCUAAGCUUCCGAAUCCGGGCGUGUACAUCUCAAACUACGGUAUGCUGCCACUGCCAAUCAGAGGGAAGCACCUAACGACACCGAGCCCAAAGGACUACCCCGCGCAUUUAGCCGAACUCGUCGAGCACUUCGAAGUAGCCCCGUACGGGCACGGAGCUACUACCGUCGUCGAUACGAGCUUUCGACUGACCUACCAACUCUCGCCAGUGCCACCCAGUAAGGAAAGGAAAACUUCGGCGGCGGACACUGGGCGGCCUCAAGACACUUCGCAGAAGGGAUUUUUUCUCGUAAACGAAGAGGCGUUUGCAGAGGGGGUAUCGCAGUUAGUG